AUGUUCCUUCUGUUGCUCUUGCUUCUGCUUCAGCCUCAAGCCAUCGGCAGGACUCUGAAGGGAAACUGCAGAGCUGUUGCCCACAGAUAUGAAGAUGACUAUUUUGAGCCAGGAAGCCAUAUUAUUGGCACGGUUUUCUCUCUGCGCAUGAGUGUUUUCCCAGAAGAUGACUUUACGACCCUACCCCUCAGUUUCACCAAAUAUGUGUUCCAGUUGAUGAGAAAGAAUUACCAACAUGUCUUUGCCUUUACCUUUGCUAUUGAUGAAAUCAACAAGGAUAUGAACCUCCUACCCAAUGUCACCCUGGGGUUUCAAAUCUAUGAGAACUUGUUCCAGCCAAGAUUAAACCGAGAUGUCACAUUGUCACUGCUGUCAGUACAGAAAGCAAGCUUUCCUAAUUUCAAAUGUGGAAGGAAAAAGGAAAUGUCAGCUGUGAUUGGAGGGCAGACUUCUGAAAUGUCAAUUCAGAUAGCCACAACCCUAGGUCUGUACAAGAUCCCACAGACAUUGCCUCAGUCAGUGUGUUCAGAGAGAUGUCACCUUGGAUACACCAGAAAUGUUCAAGAGGAAGAACAGUCUUGUUGCUAUGAUUGUUUUCCAUGUCCAGAAGGGACCAUUUCAAACGAGACAGAUGCAUACAAGUGUUACAAGUGCCAAGAAGAUGAACAUCCAAAUAAGAAACAGUACCAAUGUUUCCCUAAGGUUAUAACUUUUCUAGCUUACACUGAACCUUUGGGGAUCAGUCUGUUUUCUUCUGCACUUUCUUGUUCUCUGCUCACAUUGUUUGUGCUUGGAACCUUUAUUGCCUAUCAGGAUACACCUAUUGUAAGAGCUAACAACCGAGACAUAACCUACCUUCUCCUCAUUUCUCUUUUGCUCUGCUUCCUUUCCUCCUUGCUCUUCAUUGGACAACCCGGCAAGAUCACCUGCCUUCUUAGGCAAACUGCUUUUGGCAGCAUCUUUUCUCUUGCACUAUCUUGUGUGCUAGCCAAAACCAUCACAGUCAUUCUAGCAUUCACAGCAACAAAUCCUGGAAAUAAGUUGAGAAAAUGGGUGGGCAAAAGGCUCUCCUAUUAUAUUAUCCUUCUUUCUUCUGCUUUUCAAGUUGGAAUUUGUGCCAUCUGGCUAGGCACCACUCCUCCAUUCCCAGACCUUGAUAAAGUCUCGCAGUCUGAGCAAAUUGUGGUGCAAUGUAAUGAGGGCUCAAGUACAAUGUUUUACAUCGUCCUGGGCUACAUGGGCUUUCUGGCCAGUGUUAGCUUCACUGUUGCCUAUCUAGCAAGGAAACUACCUGACACAUUCAAUGAAGCCAAAUUUAUCACCUUCAGUAUGCUAAUGUUUUGCAGUGUCUGGGUAUCCUUUCUUCCAACCUAUUUGAGUACCAAAGGGAAGUACAUGGUAGCUGUGGAAAUCUUCUCCAUUUUGGCCUCUGGUAUUGGAUUACUGAGUUGCAUUUUUGCUCCUAAAUUAUACAUUAUCUUACUGAAACCAAACAUGAACACCAAGGACCACUUUUUUAAGAAAGGCAGGUCUGUACAAUAA